UAACAUUGCAGAGCUCGAGAAAUGGACCUCUUCGUCCAACCCAGGGCCGCUGGGUUUCUUCCUGGUCCGAAUGAGAGCUCAUAUUCCAUUGCUGCUACCACUACCUCCCUUAUACUUGCUACAGCAUUCGUCGCAGUCCGUUUCUGGGCCCGCAAUGUUCGAGGAGCCGCAUGUGGCGCGGAUGAUUGGGUGCUCCUUUCUGCACUGCUUAUGGUCUACGUUGUUGGUGGGUUCAACUAUGGUGAAGUCUCCCACGGCCUCGGACGCAUGGCCGUCCACGUACCCCUCCACCAGCAAGCACAAUUGUCAAAAACGCUCUUCGCUAUGGAGUUCGCAUACGUUACGACGAUUGUCCUCAUCAAGCUCAGUAUUCUGCUGAUGUACAUACGGAUCUUCCCACGUGAGAGAAAAUUGAGAAUCACCGCAUACAUUGUUGCUGCCGUCGUCGUCGCGUGGGGCAUCGCGCUUUAUUUCGUCUUUCUCUUCCAAUGCAGCCCCGUUCGAAAGGCCUGGACGCCCUCUGUGGAAGGCCACUGCAUCGAGUACAAUUGGAUUCAGAUAGGAAACGCUGUGCCCAAUAUCAUAACCGACGUUGUGAUACUCUGCAUGCCUAUUCCCCUGGUAUUGAAGUUGCAUAUCACAGUGUAUCAAAAGUUUGCGCUCUGUCUAACCUUCUCGCUCGGAGCUUUUGUUCUCGGGGCCAGCAUCUACCGAUUCACUGUUCUCUUCCACUACGAUCCAAAGAAUCCAACAUGUAAGCCCUCAAACACUGCGCUUGAGCAAGCCUGCUGGAUGUCUGUGUCUAAUUCUUGCAAAGGGACGUUGUUGAAACCCUGCACCUGGUGUGUGAUCGAAGUGUCUUCUGGUGUCAUCAGCGCCUGCUUGCCGACUUUUGGCCCGCUUCUCUUCCGAGCCGUACAUGCUAUUACCGAACGAAACAAGUCCUCACAAAAGCCAUCACGGGACAUUGUCACCAUUGGGGGGAGUGGGAGGGGAUUUGGCGGAGGUAGUGAGCAUCAGCGUUCCAGGCAGAGGUUUGGAAAACUUGACUCUGACGUGGAGGAAUUUGGGCUUGGUAAUAUCCAAGUCACGACCGAGUACAGGGUUGAUGCUGCCAAUGCUCCGGUGGGGGCACUGAAUGGGAGAGGCUUCUGCCUUGAGCUUGAGCCUCGGCACAGGCAAAUCUUCCCCCUUGCCGACAUGCCUUCCGUCCGAUUUUUCAUCUCCGGGACACUUUGUCACCGGGACGAAGACCGGCAUGAACUUGACCUUUAUGUUCGACACAACGGCCGCCUGUUCUUCCUUGAGUACCAUACGGACUACUUCGUUCGCUCGCCCGCCAUCCGAGCCACCUACCUCAAGUACCUUCAAGAAAUCAGGGAUGAUGAGGUUUAUUGGAACGAUCCUGAUCCUUUAGGAUGGCUUCUCAAACCAUUUGAGGACCUGAUCUUGAAGCUCGCCCCACCAGUCUCCCGGACUCAGCCUCCGACGUUGUCGCAAUAUGCAUUCCCUGAAUUCUUCUCAUGCCGGCUUUACAGUGAGGACGAGAAGUUCUACCCAAAGCAGCUCGAUAAAUGGAAAGCCUGGACAGGUCCACCGGGUCUUGAAAUCUCAAAGGACCUGUUUCAGGGCCUGCAAUCAUGGACCCGUGCUUACGAUCCGUCCGAGGUUAUCCUGUGCUAUGAUAGAUCAGAAGACGUCCUAGCUAAGCCGCCAAGGCGUGUACAGCUGAGUAAUGGGCCCGGAGAGGACAACAGUAGCUAUUUCCUCAAAUCCUUCAUUGACCAUGGCGCACGCUACCAGCUGCAGCGAGAGCUGGCAACCUUCAAACAGAUCACAGAAUCAAAGAUCAACCCUGCAGCACACAUAACUCGCCUCCGCGGCGUAGUCACAUCCAAGGACGGCCGAGUCCUGGGAUUGCUACUCAACUGGAUCGAUGAUCCAGUUGGCUCCUUAGCGUACCAGUAUUGGAGGCGCUCAUUACAGUCAAGACUGCAGUGGGCUGCACAAAUUCGGCAAACUAUUUCAGAGUUGCACAAAAACGGGGUGGUAUGGGGAGACGCAAAAUUGGAGAACAUACUGUUGGAUCGGAGCGAUACCCCUUGGAUCAUCGACUUUGGCGGCGGCUGCACUCCGAACUGGGUGGAUCGCAAUAAGGCAGAGACUUUAGAAGGCGAUUUACAGGGCCUUGAGAAGAUUGUUGAGACGCUUUCUCGCCCUACGCCUGCGAACAGCGUUUCAAGUGCAACAAACUCGAAGUGA